AUGGAUACUUCAAAGGAUGAAACUUUGGAUCUAUCGAGGCGUGGACUCAAGAAAAUAGAGAAAGCUCCUGCGGAAGAAUCAAAACCGAUUAUUAGUUUAAUUCUAGAUCAAAACGAACUACAUCGUUUAGACAACAUCGAUACUUAUAAUCGCGUAGAAAAUCUUUCAAUAUGCAACAAUUUUUUACUGAGAAUGCAUGGGGUAUCUCGUUUGACGAAUCUCAGAAUUCUCUCGUUGAACAACAAUGGAAUUUUACAAAUAGAGGGGUUGAAAGAUAUGAUUUAUUUAAAAGUCCUUAAAUUGGCUGGCAAUAAUAUAAAAUCAAUAGAGCAUUUAAACCACAAUAUGCAUUUAGAACAUCUGGAUCUUUCAAACAAUCAAAUAUCCUUUAUAGCUGAUAUUUCUUACAUGAAACAUUUAAAGCAUUUGAACUUAGAACGGAACCGUAUAAUGGAUUUACGCCAGUGUGAUCGAUAUCUCCCAACACAGCUCACUCACUUGGGAUUGGCCCAUAACAACAUUCCUGAUCUGAAUGAAGUCUCCUUCUUAGUACAUUUGACUGAACUCGAUAGCUUUACAAUACAGGGAAACCCUUGUGUUGCGAUGGCUGGGAAAGACAAACUAGGUUUCGAUUACCGGCCGUUCGUGCUCAACUGGAUUUUAAGCGUCAAGUCUAUCGAUGGUUUUAUUGUCAGCGCAAUCGAAAGCUUGAAAGCCGAAUGGCUGUACAGCCAAGGCAAGGGCCGGCACUUCCAGACGGGACAGCACCGCGAGUUGGGCGAAUAUCUGUCCUCGACUUGCCCCCUCACCGCCGACGCGCUGGAGACGGAGGAUCAGAGGAAACUUAGGCUUAUACUGAGCAAGGCCCAGCAGCAUCAACAGCAACUAAAAGAUCAAAAUCACAGCCCCAACAGACCCAAACUGCAGUCGCCUCGAAUGCAAGCCCGCCUGACCCCGCGCCACGUGGGCCGAUCGCCCGAUCGCCUCAGCUCGAGCUACCACGCCGCCGUGUCGCGGACGUCGUCGCCUGCGCCCCACGCCCCGACACUCAAUCUCAUGUCCUUGUCCUGUUCUGAACUCCUCGCGAAGGACUCGGCCAGGGAGAUGCGAGACGAACCUGAAAUUCCAGAUCGGCAACAGCAACCGCCUAUUCAGCGACACACCCCACCCAAGCCGCCUUCGGUGGCAAAUCAGCCUCUGGAGGCCGCGUCUAAGAUGGUUCCGGUCCCGGAAUCCCUGAUGAGUCCGGACUACCAAGACCCCAUCUACGACAUCCGAAGGCCUCGGACAGAGUUGCCCGAGAGCUCGGCGUCGAACGCUUCGUCGCAGUCCAGCGACGGCAGCGCACGAGGGGACAAGAGCAGGAGCCGGAAGGGAUCGCCGCGGCCGUGCAAGAGCGCGUCGUCCUCUCCAAAAUUAAAGACAAAAAUGGAGCAGCGAGUCGGAAGAGCCGACGCCGAGACGGAAAUUGCGAACGGACCGACGCCGGCCGAUAAAUCGGAAGCGAUCAAGUUGGCGUCGAACCAGCGACACCAGAAGAAGGCGAGCGUGGAGAACUCGGCGGCCACCACCAUUCAACGCGUGUGGAGGGGCUACAGGAGCCGCAACCUCAACAGGGACACCGUGAGGAUCCUGCACGCCAUCCAGGCCGCCCGGGCCAGGCAGCACAUCCAGCGGCUGACCUGCGACAUGGAGGCCACGAAGGCGGCUCUCGAGAGCGAGCGCAAGAUCCAGCAGCUGCAGAUGCAGGCCAUCAACGCCCUCUGGAAGAAGGUCUCCUCUUUGCAGGCGCCGGAGGUCCACAAGCCGAAGGUCGAUCUCGAGGACAACUCGGACGCGCUGAGGCAGCUGACCGAGACCUGCGGCAAUCUGCAAGUUCAGGUGGAAGAGCUCCGGGGCAGCAUCCGCGAAGUGCUUCGCUUCGUGUCUUCGCCCCGAGGGCUGCCGCGCGCUUCGCAGACCGACGUCACCGCUCUCGUGGCCUCGCAGGAGGAGCUGACGAAUCGGCUGCGGAGGCCUCGCUCCCUGGCGCUGAACGCCUCCUCGCCGCUCCCCGACUCCGACAAACCCGAGGCCGACUCGAUACGUGUCGAGAGAACGGAGUCGAUCAUAGAAGACCGGGAGCCGAGCGUGGACCCGCAGAUCGAGAGGGAGAUCGUCGCCGACUGA